CGCAUUCCCAUUGGCUUUUGAAUCCCAAGUCUGGUUUUACCUUAGGAGAGAACUGAUUUGGUCAGCAGCUGCUGUAGUAAUGGCAGGGGGAUUUUAAUAGACUUUGUCAAACAGACAAAACUUUUUUUAAAAUGUCUCUUUUGUACACAGUGUUGGCGGGCUUGGGUAUCCUGCCUCUUCUGAUUUAUGUUCGUUUUCCGUAUUUUGUGCAGGAUAUUAUUUACAUAGUGAAGGGAAUUCGCGUUGCGCUUCGGAUAAGAAAGUUCAAGAACUUAGUUCCCUGUUAUACAAUCUUAGAUUGCUUUUUGGACGCUGUUAGAAAGCACCCUAAAAAAACGUUUAUUAUUUUCGAAAAUCAGUCAUAUUCUUACGAGUACGCCGACAAAAUCAGCAAUAAAGUCGCUAAUGCACUUCUGGAGCACAUCUGUCCGAAGCCAGGAGACACCGUCGCUCUUUAUCUCGGGAACGAACCGUUUUUCAUCUGGACCUGGCUGGCUCUUGCGAAACUGGGCUGCCCUGCUUCAUUGUUAAAUUACAACAUCAGAUCCAAAUCCCUGUUACACUGUUUCUCCUGCUGCGGCGCGAAAUUUUUAAUCGCAGAUGAAGAUGUGCGGGAGGCUGUGGAGGAGGCGCUUCCUGCACUUCGACAGCAGCAGGUGUGUGUGUAUCUGCUGGGAGAGAGUUGUGAGACAGAUGGCAUCACCUGCCUCAGUGCAAAGAUAAACGCCGCACGGGAUGAUCAGCCUCCGGUGUCACUGCGCUCCACAAUCACCAUCAAGAGUCCUGCACUCUACAUCUUCACUUCAGGAACUACAGGUCUUCCAAAGGCAGCUGUGAUAAGUCAUGAGAGAGUUUGGCUGGCUUCCUGCUUGCAGAGCAUGUCUGGGGUCUGUUCUGAUGAUAUUAUUUACGUCUGUCUUCCUCUCUACCACAGCGCCGGCUUUCUCAUGGGUCUGACUGGAGCCAUCGAGCGUGGCAUCACGGUUCUGUUGAGGCGGAAGUUCUCUGCAUCUCAGUUCUGGAACGAAUGCAGGAAACACAAUGUGACGGUGAUCCAGUACAUUGGAGAGACCAUGCGCUACCUCUGCAACACACCCAAGUUGGAGAAUGACUGCGUGCACAAUGUGCGGAUAGCGAUUGGGAACGGUAUUCGUGCCGACACAUGGGUGGACUUCCUGCAGCGUUUUGGACAUGUACGGAUUUGUGAGUGCUAUGGCGCCACAGAGGGAAAUGUCGGCUUUGUAAACUACACUGGAAAGAUCGGAGCUAUUGGACGAAUGAACGUGUUUGUAAAGAAAGCCUCACACUUUGCUCUUAUUAAAUAUGAUACUGAGAGGGAAGAACCAGUCAGAGAUUCCAGAGGUUUCUGUAUGGAGGUUGUUACAGGUGAGACAGGCCUGCUAGUGGCUAAGGUCACUAAAGUGGCUCCGUUUAGUGGCUAUGCAAACAACCAACAGCAGACAGACAAGAAGACACUGAGGAACGUGUUUCAGGAGGGAGAUGUGUACUUUAACAGUGGAGACCUCAUGAGAGUUGACCGGGAGGGCUUCGUCUAUUUCCAGGACCGAAUUGGGGAUACUUUCAGGUGGAAGGGAGAGAAUGUUGCUACCACUGAAGUCACUGAUAUUUUAAUCAUGCUUGAUUUCAUCGAGGAGUCAAAUGUCUAUGGAGUCAAAGUGCCAGGUCACGAAGGUCGAAUAGGAAUGGCUGCUGUGAGGUUGAGAGAGGGGAUGGCUUUUGAUGGCUCUGUCAUGCAUCAACACGUGGAGAGCUACCUGCCUGCAUACAGCAGACCACGUUUCAUUAGGAUCCAGAGGGCGAUGAACAUCACCAGCACCUUUAAACAAAUGAAGGUGAAGCUGGCUGAGGAGGGAUUCAACCCAAAGACCAUCCAGGACCCACUUUACUUCCUGGAUGAUGAGAAGAAGACUUACGUGGCCAUGACGGAGGAUAUUUUCAGUUCCAUCUGUGACGGAAGACUGAGAUUAUAACGAGGAGGAUGGAGAGAGAGAGAACUUUCAUUCAGCCUGUAACAACACAACUGCCAAUCAAGUGCCUUAAAAUCAGGGAAAGUUUAUUUUCUAUUUAAACAGAGCCAAACAUAACCAAAAUGUGAUUACACUGGUGCUAGGCCACAAAAAUAACAGAUUUUUUACAUGAAUUCUGAAUUAAGUAAUAAAAGUAGCCAUAGCACAGAUCUCUGUUUAAUACCAAAAGCAAUGAUUUUUGUAUAAUUUUGAAAAUAAUUAUGAAGGUGGGGGCUGUGGGUUAAUGAUUAAUUAAAGAACCAGUGGGAAAUCUAAAGUUAAUAAAGGUUUGUAAGAUAUUUGUA